CAUUGCAACCUGAAUCCAGCCAACGUUCUUUUGGAUGAAGAUAUGGUGGCUCAUGUUGGUGAUUUUGGAAUCUCUAAAAUUUUAGCCAUAAGCAAGUCCAUUGCUUAUACCGAGACAUUGGGCACUAUUGGAUACAUUGCACCAGAAUAUGGCUCGGAGGGAAUAGUGUCUGCUAGUGGUGAUGUUUAUAGCUACGGCAUCAUGUUGAUGGAAGUUUUGACCAAAAGAAGGCCAACAGAUGAAGAUAUAUGCAAUGAAAAUCUUGACUUGAGGAAAUGGAUCACACAAUCAUUUUCAGGGACUAUGAUGGACGUUGUGGAUGCUAAUCUUUUUUCUGAGGAAGAAGAAAUCACUAGUAAAAGUGAAAUCUACGUUGCCUCCAUGAUAGAAUUGGCUUUAUACUGCACAAAGGAAACACUAGAAUCAAGAGUGACCAUGAAUGAAGUAGUGAAGAGGCUUAACAAAAUCAAGAAUGCAUUUCUUGAAACAUAGAAGUGAUCAAUAUCUAUUCCGAUGGUGUUAUUUCUGAGCUGCAAGUUAAUUACCUGAUUUCCUUAGUAAAGUUGUCGUAUAGUACUACUUGGAGUCAUGUACUGUUUGUAAUAUCAUGUGAGUGAUUUUGAACCUAAGUUUUAGUUUAUCUAUUUGUAAUUAUGUUUUGAAUGCUAGCUUAAAAUUAGAAACCAGAAUGAAAUUAAUAAAGGUGUUUACCUG